GCCUUUGUGUGCCGCACACAUCGCACAAACUCUCCGCAAUCAUACAAGCUGCCAUCCGCAUCAGUGAACACAAGCCCGUAGCCCGAAAGCCGAGGUAGUUAGAGUUUCCUGUGAGCUGUGUGCCUUCAAGCUGUGUUGAAAUUGGGUACUUGCGGGCGAUACAGGUGGUGCGGAUAGCGCCGGCUGGCAUAUGAGCGGGUGAUCUCAUUUCCUUCUAGUGCUGAGCAUACCAACAGACUUCCACCGCCACUCGGGAGACCGGUCUGAGUUUUAACCUGCUUUAGCAUGACCUAAACCCGCAAUUAAGCCACCCAAACCUGCGCCCGUUGGCCAGGCUUUCCCGCCAGCGCUUCAAGAGGCUCGCUUAGUUGGCUAUAAACCGCGCAGCUUGCGGCCUACCUUCACUGCAGCUUGUCCCCCCACUUACCUCACCUUUGACAUGUCAGCACAGUUGGAUCCGGCUCUUGUUCAUGCCUACUCGCAGUCUGUCGUGGAGGGCUAUAUCAGCAUAGCUGCCACAUGCAAGUACACCCUUCACUAUUCAUUGUGUGCUUCUCAAGGCAUCUAUCUCGCAGGUCUCUUUGUCUACGAGUUUUUGAUCACUUUCGUUGAUGAGAUCAAGAUCAUCUGGAAGAGACCUGUUACCGCAUCCACCUUGCUCCUCGGCUCGGUACGAUGGUGCACGCUUCUCUCAGACAUUCUGCAAACCGUACAAGUUGCAUCCUCAACUGCGAAUACCGCAUUUUUCUCCGCCUUGCGCGUCUUUACAAUCUGGAAUAAAAGCUAUGUCUGGUCGCUGCUUGUGUUCGCACUGAGCCUGGUGCCCUUCAUAACGAACAUGAUUUCCUUGAUAACGCAAAAGUACGGUUCCGUUGUGGAACCGCUGUUCGGCUUGGUAUGCAUCACGGAGUUCCCGUUCUCUGCGAAAACAGCUAGCAUAUGUACGUCCCGCAGACUAACACAGUCUAUGUUCUUUGUGGUUUACACCACCCGCGGCUCGCUCAUCCUCGCCGACGCGAUCGUGCUCACCCUGACCUGGAUCAGGACAUUUAGGCACUGGAGGAACGCUCGCCGUGUCAACGUGGGAGUGUCGUUGACGACAUGUUUACUGCGUGAUGGAACUAUCUAUUUUAUAGCUCUUUUAGCGACGAACGUUACACAGUUGCUGACUUACAACGUCACGAAUCUGUCGCUCGUGGGCCCGUUCCUUGUGAACUUCCCCCCGGUUCUCAUCAACCGCUUCAUGAUCAAUCUAAAGAUGAUCGACUCAGAAGUGCCGGGCGACUCGACGUGUGUUACCGAUCAGCAGCAAGGACAGUCGACGGUGCAGUUCAGACAGUCGACGAAUCGACUUGGGAACAUCGGCGGGACACUGCAGAGUGGUUGGGACGACGACGACGAGUUCGAAACUUGGGACCAAGAGCCUGAGGAUAUCAUCAAUGCGGAGGUGAAAGAGUCUGAACAUCAUGAGAAUAGCGUAGGAGCAUGAGAUAACAGUGAUAUUUAUUAUGUUGGCGGGCGGGGAGCUCGAAGCUUGUGACGGGCGUCGGAGUUUAACUUGAAAAAGUACUGAACUCUUCUGUAUAUAAUCGUCAAAAGAGGCUGCUGUCCAAUACGAUGUUAUUCAAAGUGAAGAACAAGAAGCGGGAUGCCGCAGUUGAAAACAGCCUAGGAAGAGAUAGGUCAUAAUUUCAUUUGAUAUAUCAUU